GUGUCUUGUCUGUACGCGCAGGUCAUUUGACUUCGGCUAAGAGGUCAACCCCGCAAAGUUCCGGCUGCACUCGGAUAUAUAUGUUGGGAGCGACUUGGCAGCUGACUACACUUUGCCUCACUCACUCGCAUCCCCUGACUAUACUUUGCGAACAUGUCUGAGCUCAAUCUCACAUUCGGAGACGGUAAGACGGCCACGAUCCCCAGCGGGCUCCUCAUCGACAACAAAUUCGUACCUGCCCUUGAUGGCAAGACGCUAGACGUUGAAAACCCGAGCACAGGCAAGGUCAUUGGCAAAGUCGCAUGCGCUGGUCCAAAGGAUGUCGAUGCCGCCAUCAAGGCUGCCAAGAAGGCCUUUGAGACCGUGUAUGGCUACAAGAUGGCAGGCGACGAACGUGGUCGCCUCCUCAUGAAGCUCGCAGACGCCAUCGAUGCCCAUCAAGAUGAGAUCGCCGCCAUUGAAUCGCUGGACAACGGGAAGCCAUUCUGGAUGGCAAAGGGUAUCGAUGUCGCCAAGGCCGCUCAGGUCUUCAGAUAUUAUGCCGGCUGGGCAGACAAGGACAGUGGUACGGUCGUCGAGACCGAUAAUGAGAGCACACUCAUCUACACGAGGAAUGAGCCAAUUGGGGUGGUCGGACAGAUCAUCCCAUGGAACUUCCCCUUGCUCAUGUUGUCCUGGAAACUCGGACCUGCACUCGCCACAGGCUGUACGGUCGUUCUCAAGACGGCCGAGCAGACCCCUUUGUCUGCCAUCCGAGUCGCUAUGCUCAUCAAGGACAUCUUCCCUCCCGGUGUAGUCAACAUCCUGACCGGUCUCGGCAACGUCGCCGGCGCUGCGCUCGCCUCGCAUCCCGACAUUGAAAAGAUUGCCUUUACAGGCUCGACGCUCGUCGGCCGAACCAUUAUGAAAGCUGCAGCAUCCUCCAACCUCAAGAAGGUCACGCUCGAGCUCGGUGGCAAGAGCGCCAAUAUCAUCUUCAACGACGCAGAUGUCGAACAAGCCGUCCGUUGGGCAGCAUUCGGCUUCACCUUCAACGCUGGUCAAACCUGCUGCGCCGGUUCGCGUGUCUACGUCCAGUCAGGCAUCUAUGAUAAGGUACUCGCUGCUCUGACUGACCACGUCAAGAGCAUCAAAGUUGGCGACGCGUUCACGGCCGACUCGUUCCAGGGACCUCAAGUCUCAAAGGUUCAGUUCGACCGAAUCAUGGAGCACAUCGAGUCCGGCAAGCAAACAUCCACGCUCCACACCGGCGGAAACAAGCACAGCAGUGCCGGCGAGGGCCACUUCAUCGAACCUACCAUCUUCACCAACGUUCCAAACGACUCUCGCAUCGCACGCGAGGAGAUCUUCGGACCUGUUCUCGUGCUACAAAAGUUCACCGACACCGAAGACGUCAUCAAGAUUGCGAACGACAGCGUCUACGGACUCGCCGCCGCCAUCUUUACUCGCGACAUCUCCCAGGCCAUCACGACUGCACAUCGUCUUCAGGCAGGCACAGUCUGGGUCAAUUGCGUCAACACGCUGUACGCUGGCGCACCUUUCGGAGGUUUCAAGCAGUCUGGCAUCGGCAGAGAGCUUGGUCAGGAAGCACUCAAGAACUACCGCAACGUCAAAACGGUCCAGGUCAACCUCAAUGCGCCUGCUCCUUAGGCUGACACAACUGUCAUUGUCAUGAACUCACGCAAGGUCUCAAGGCUGUAUUCCUCAAUCUACCGAGAAGUCAAAUUUGAAUUGCAUAUUUGCCAAC